AUUUCCCUCUCUCGCCCUGGGCGGGCGGUCGCUUUCCGGGAGUAGGUGUGGACCGGCGCGGCACAGGCCGGCCUAGCCACGCCACGGGCAGCUCGGGGAACGGGCGCGGCCUAGCCAUGCAGCCAGAGCAGGGAGGCGGUCGGCCCCGCCGGGAAGGCGGCCGGCACGGCAGGCGGAGGCCUGGUUGCGCGGACAGAGUAUCCGAGGCGACGACGGAAGGAAGCGGCAGGGAUGGCCACGGCCGCGGAGGAGGCGGGAGUCGGGGAAGAGGCGGUGCUCACGGGCAGCGAGGAGGCGGGAGCCGGGGAAGGCGAGAACCGCGGGGUCGCGGCGCAGGGCUGCCACCCGCCGCCCACCACCCUCGGCGGGUAGAGCAGGAUGAUGAUACUGGAUCACAAGAGGAAGAAAAGGAAGAACUGAAAAGCUAUUCAAGAAGAAAGAUUCUUUCCAACUGGAGCCGCUAUGAGGAAACAGAAAAAGAGGGACAGAGUGAACGUGGGGAAUCGCAGAGAGGAACAGACUUCAAUGUUCUGCUUAGCUCAGCAGGAGAUUCCUUUACACAGUUCCGAUUCGCUGACGAGAAGGAAUGGGGCAGAGAAAGCAUAUGCCAUAACCAGUUAUCUGCACUUUCCGUUGACUGCCAGUCCUUGGUCCAGGCUCUUCAGGAAUUGCCCCUACACCUGAGGUUGAAUGUAGAUGCUGAACUUGUGCAGGCAUCAACACCUGUAGAGCUCCCCCGAAUGAAAACUAAAAUUACUGAAGGCAACAAGAGGAGAGAGCUUCUGUUCCGACAGUCUCUGGCUCCAAGUGAAAUGGGGCUGGUCACCCAUCCCGUUGGUGAUUCUGUUGUUCCCUCUGAGCCUGGAAGUAAGAAUGGUCCCAUGGCAAGUGCAGGAGAACCAUUUCAAAGAACCAGUCUUCUAUCAAAGCAAGAGACUGACAAUUUGGAUGAAGAACUAGAUCUUCUUCUAAAUCUAGAUGCUCCUGGUGCUACAGAAAACAGACCUGUGUCAGAUGCGUUAUCCUACAACAAAUCAACUGAGAAAGACUUGAAAACAGAUGUUAAGGAAAAUGACACUUUAAAACCAAAUAUGCCUGAAGAGAAGAGUACAACAUCACAGCAACAGCAAAGUACAUCUAAAAAUGUCACUGAGGAAGAGCUUGAAGAUUGGCUGGACAGCAUGAUUUCCUGAAGUUCAAAUUCUCUUACGUGAAUAACUGAAUAUUGCAAACGUUAAGCAGAAAGCUGAAUCUGUCUUUAUCUCUUUGUUAUUUCCUUUAUCUCAUUCACUUAACUUUUCAGCAUGCCAAAUGUUUGGUGUUAUUUGCUGGCAUUUUCUUUGAUAAAAAUGCAGGCUAUGGCACACUAAGAGAACAGUUAUUUCAGCUUGUACCUGCUCUAUAUAGUCUUUCAAAUAAAGCUAUGAAUGAACAAUGAA